GGCAGCCACUUUGGACACAUUCCUUGCAUGCUUUUGGACAAAGAAGAUGCUUGCAAAAGAAACGUUCAGGCUUCGCAUUGAUUGAAUGGUUUUUGUACUGUAGUAUAAGGUAAUAGCUCUGUUUAUCAAGAUCAACAAGAUAUUCAUCGUUUGUUUGUAGAUUUUUGCAAGAUUGAGUACAACAGCAAACAAUGACACUCAGCUAUAGUCUACAACGGAUUGUUUUGUGCUUUUUGGUACUGUGUGGAAUUGCUUUAGGACAAGAGCCGGCACAGAACUGCACUACCUUAACUUGUAGCUGUGGUACCUGUUGUCUUCAGGUGGAUGAAAACUCACCUGCAGGAACAUCUGUCGGCUUCGCAACUAUCCAUCCAGAUUUAUCGAUGGGAGGUCCAGAAUUUACCAUACAGGAUGUCAACUUUGUGAUCAACAGUGUUACUGGAGAAAUAAGUGUAGCAGACAAUGCCACACUUGAUGCAGAUGUUGGGGAUAGAGGCACAUCCACUUGUAAUGGACUUGGGAUAAUGGGCAACUUUUUUGGCGUUGGUAUACUUGAUGUAAACGACGAACAACCUAUGUUUCGCAGUGAUCGCAUAGAGAUAACAAUUCCUGAAACUACUGAUUCUGUUCUCAUGAUAAACUGUAUGACAGUGAGAUCCAUAUUGACCAAUCUGCUAGCAACGGAUGGCGACAAGAUUGGCAACAAUUCCGAAAUCUCCUAUUCAAUACCUAACAGCAGUAUUUUCAGUAUAUCUAACCCAACUUCAAGCCCUCCCUGCAUCCAAAACAGCAUUCCAUUAGACCGGGAUGCCCCUGACUAUGAACCAUACGAAUUCACCCUGGUUGCAACUGAUGGUGGCGUCCCACCACUCAGCUCCAGUGUCACCGUGGUUAUGUCUCUAGCGGGUGUGAAUGAGUUUCCUCCGAUUCUACCAAUGGAAAAGAAUUUUGUAGUAUUGGAGAAUCGCACAGCAGGAUUUGAAAUUCACCAGUUUAUUGCCACUGACGAUGAUAUUUUUGAUGACCCACAGAGCUUUACGUAUGAAAUCACCUCAAGAGACAUGACUGCUAACUGUCCAUUUGUACUCAACAGGACAACUGGAGUUCUAUCUCUUGGAGAUUCUGGAUCGAUUGAUGCUGGAGUUUCAUGUACUUACACAAUUACAGUGACUGAUAUGGAUGGAUUGACUGGAGCUAGAGAAGUCACAAUAACUGUCACUGAUGUCAAUGAGCCAGCAACGUUAUCAGGGAAUCCUUCAAGGACACUUACAGUGUCAGAAAAUCAAGAACCAGAUGGCAACACUCUACACUUCAUUAUUGUUCAAGAUAACGAUAUAUACUACAAUAACAAUUCAUUUGAGAUUUUAUCCGGAGGUCAAUAUUUUAAUAUAUCAGAACGAGUCAUUAAUCCGACUACUAUCGCCUUUGACAUUCGUCUCAUAGCCACCAUCGACCGUGAAAAUUUCACUGGAGAGAACUUUACCAUUCGACUGAUAGAGGAGGGAGUGCCACAAUUGUCUGAUCAAGAGCUGACCUUCCUUAUUAAUGUGACUGAUGUGAACGAUAAUAAACCAUUCUUAAGUAUAGAAACAAUAGAUAUUGUAGAAGGAGGGACAGGUUUUGAGGACAGAAUUAUGCUUGAUAACUAUGUUGUCGAUGCUGAUGAAGGAAUAAACGCACAAGUAAGUGAGAUAAUACUGGUAUCAGCAGCUGGCUCUGAGGAUAUUACACGCCUCUUCAUCGAUUUCAAUGGCAACUCAGCAUUAUUGGGCCCUGAGAGAACAUUGACGGUGCCUCCCCUCGAUCGAGAAACAGUAGGCCGUAUUGUGACCAUCAAUGUUGACAUCAUAGACAGUGGAAGUCCACAAUUGAACAGAAUCUCCACUUUCACUUUGAUAAUACUGGACCUCAACGAUAAUGCACCUCAAUUUGAAGCUUUGACCUAUUCUUUCAGCAUUAGUGAGAACGAGGCACCAAAAAUGGUUGGCCAAGUAAUGGCAACUGAUCCGGAUUACCAAGAAAACGGGACUAUAAUCUAUCAAAUAGAUUCCAAUCACUUUUCGAUUGACCAAGACGGACGAAUAUCGAGUCUUCGUAGCUUUGAUAGGGAAGCUGUAUCACAGUAUAUUCUAGUUGUGAAUGCUCGAGACAAUGCAACAAUGCCAAGGUAUGCAACCGCUCAAGCCAUGGUAAUGAUCACUAUACUGGACGUGGACGACAAUCCUCCCGUGUUUACUGAUCCAAAUAUGGAAACAUUUAGUGUUGAUAUCAACUCCCCUGUUGGUGCUGAAGUAGGUACUGUGGUAGCCACUGAUCCGGAUGAUGGCGUUAAUGCUGAAAUUGUUUAUGAAUUAACGGACACCAAUUCAAUGAGCAUACACCCUGUGACAGGAGUAAUAACUUUACAAGUGAUACAAGAUUCAGAAACCAGUUUCAAUCUUACCGUUACUGCAAGCUCAACAACUGGUACAGCCAGUGCAAGUAAGCAAGUGCACAUUGUUGUAUUUGCUCCAGUUCUUUCCCAAAUGGAUAUCGUUAUUAUCGGAGCUGCUGGAGGGACAAUCGUUGCUAUGGUGAUACUCGUGAUUAUUGCGGCCCUUUGUUAUUGUGGUUGCCAGCGACGAAAAGGCAAAUACAACGUAAAGAAUAACAAAACACAUCUCAAUAACCAUCCCGAAAGAAUCAACUCGAUUGCCAAACCAAUCUUAAAGUCUGUGCCUGCAGCAGCCAAUGGAAGUAUAGGAAGUAGGGACAGAGUACAGGUCAAGUUUAGCGACAGAGUAGACGAAACUCACUACGAUCGACAAGGGGCUGUCAUGGAUGAAAAGGUUUUGAGGAAAGCCUCGAUUACGAAUUUCGGUGGCAAUGAUGAUUCUCCCCAGAUACCCAGUCGAGGGUCACCCGUACAUAACGGAGUGCUACCAGUGUUGGACUAUGAACACAGCCCUGGGGCAUUAAUAAACGGAAUGACCAAUGAUUUGACAGGAUUGCAACAACGCUAUGAGAUGCAUCACAUAGCACAACAGCGAUCUCCGCCCAUGCACAUGAGACAAGAUAUGACCGACAAUGUAGAGUUCUCUCAAGGCACGAGCAGCACGACAGACGUGAACAGUUAUAACUCUGAUGGAGAAGAAGAGAGCAAUUUCUCAGACGGUGCUUCCAAUAUGAAUACCUCUAUUCCAUGCUUUAAAGACGACCACGUAUCAGAUAUGCACAGAUACGGCCCACCCCCCUCACACGCUCCACUCUACCUACACCACUCCCCACACAUGCCUUCGCCUAAUGGUCUCCUUGGUGUCAUUCACCCGGGUAACAUGUCGUCUCUAGCAGCUGACGGCUCGUACAGAUCAUCACAAGGAAACGGAUACACUAAUGGCCGACACAGCCAAGAUCACAGCUUGAGCGACUCAUCUUCGCAGACCACUAUACCCAGUCCGCAUGCAAGACACGAGAUAUUGAACAGAAUGGAACCACCCGCCAUGAGAGCAAAACGCUCGACCACAAACGGCCAUGGUGGCUACGACCCUCGUCCACUGGUAAUGCCGGAUGCAUACCCAGUUGUAGGCCUACCAGACAUGAGAGAUGUACAUCACACGCACGGAGAUCAGCUGUCAUUCAGUGACUUCGGUGAAGCCUCAACGUACGCAUCAACAGAACUGGACGAAGCACUCAACUGUAACUACGAACUUGAACCCGGCUUCUACAGUUUAACGGCCACUGACUACGGUGAUCAUGACGACACGUAAAAUUUAUAAAGACACAUACAGAGAUUCAUUGAACUGCUGUCUGUCUGCCACUAUUCAAGAGCACUGAACUGUUUAUAUUAGGUAUGUACAAUGUCAUCUGUUUGUGCUGGUAGGAUUUUGUGUUCACAAUUGCUGCUGCAUUUUAUAUCCAUUCUCUGUCAAUUAUUUAUAUAAGUGCUUGCCUCAGCAACCACUGAAUUAUGUUAGCCUCUUGUGGUUUGGCUCCACUUUACGUGUGUUGUCCUUUCAUUGUGCACGUAUUACCAUUUUUGUAAAGACCUUUUUUUAAUAUCAGCAACUACUGUUUUCGA